CAGCUCUCCCGCCAGCUCUCGCGCUCCAGGCACCGCCGCCCCGACCCUCCGAGCUGAGCACCAUGGCCCGCACCGCCACCGCCGCCGUCCCCCGCGCCCCCGGACUCCUCCGGGCCGCGCUGCUGCUCCUGCUCCUGGUCGCCGCCUGCCGGGGCGCUGCAGGGGCGCCCGUGGCCAGUGAACUUCGCUGCCAGUGCUUGCAGACCUCGCAGCGAAUUCCCUUCAAGCAGAUCCAGAGUGUGGAGGUGACGUCCCCAGGAGCCCACUGCGCCCAAACCGAAGUCAUAGCCACGUUCAAGAAUGGGCAGAAAGCUUGCCUCAACCCCGAAGCCCCCAUGGUGAAGAAAAUGAUCGAAAAGAUGCUAAACAAGGACAGCACCAACUGACCUAGAGAGGAGAAGCUCCUGGUGGCACUUCCUGAAAGGAGGUCCCUGCCCUUAGGGGACUGCAAAUGAAGAAGGGAACAAUGGCUUCCUGCAACAACUACAAAGGGAUUACUGUGUGUGGCUGUUUUUUAUUUAUUGGAGGUCUAUUUAUUCAUAUGUGUAUUUAUUUUUCAAAGGUUGUAUGUUAACAUUUCACAAGUUAGUAUUUAAAGGUGUGGAAGGUGUGAAUGUGUUUCAGCACACGUAACGCAGUUCUGACUGUUAUUUAUUUGAAGAUGAUGCGUGUCAAGUGUCUCAUUAAACUAGUAUCUGUUGGCAGACAUUAAGUGCCAGGCACUGUGCCAGAGGUGGAAGGCCAGGUGUGGGAGCGGGAGUCUAAGCAACGGCACAGGGAAACCACUUGUUAGAGUCGGGGAAGGGGUGUUGCGCAUCUAUUUUUGUACUUUUUUAAAUGAAUGUCACUUAUUAUUUAUUGAAACGAUGUCUCAUUAGGUGGUCAACAUUUUGAUGUUGAAGCUUCCCUUGGACAUUUUAUGUCUUCCUUGUAAGGCACAAUGCCUUGUAUAAUGUUCAUUUUGCAAUGAUUUCUUUGUCUUGGAACAGAGAAGUGAAAACUACUGUUACAUUUUUACA